AUGUCACAAUCUGAAGAUGUCGAACCAGAGACUUAUCAAAUAAUGAGAACUAUCGAAAACUCUCUCGUGGAUAGUGACAAUGUUGACCUGGAACAGUAUUUGCUUUUCUGGGAACACGUUUGCAAAGUCAUGGGGUCAUGGGGCACGAUUUUCAGUUUCGUUGUGAAGGAUGUUUCAAACAAAUUAGAGAAACUCGCUCAGAUGAGAAAUACUGAUCCGGAGUCAUACAAAAGUAUCUUAACUAUGGCAACUAGAGAAUCGGAGAACGGGUCCAUUCGAAAUCUCAAGCCAAAUAGGAGUGGUACCGGUCAUUUGAUGGUCCUGAACAGAGCUCUUGAAUUCGUGAUUGAUUUAUUGGAUGGUGUUUUCACAGCAGAAGAUGAUGAGGCGAAAGUUUCUAUAAUCGCCCGUUCGUCAUAUGACAAACAUCUUUCUCAAUUUCACUCAUGGCCGGUCAAAACUGCAGUGUCCGCCGCUCUCUUUACAUUGCCUCGAAAAACUGAAUUUUUGAUUCGAUUACGUGGGAAAAUGCCAGAAUCGGACGACGAGCAGUUUCACGAGGUCUUCAAUAGAGACGGACGGGACAUUGUGCGACGAGUGAAUCAACUGGUCGAGAAUUUCGAACUCACCGAUCACAACCCCUCCGCUUGA